CACAAAUUUUCGAAUUAUUGCAGAAACUCAGGUGGUCACUGGGUCAGUACUAAGACCAGUUCUUUAUUCAUUUAUUUCCUUUUUAUUUAUUUUUUUUCUCCGAUCCCAAUCUCUUAACUGAUUUUCUUUUCUAAAUUUUAUUAUUAAAUUAAAUUAAAUUAAAUUAAAUUAGUAAUUAUUGAAGAAAAAAAAAGCCCAAAUCCUAACUUCACCAAACCCUAGAGAGAGAAAAUCGAGAGUGUUGGUUGGGUUCUAGAGAGAGAAAGUUCAAGAAAAAGCCCUAACAAUUUGGCUAUGGCGUCGUCCAAGGUAUUGGCGUCGUCAAAUUCGAGAAACUCGGAUCUCUCUCGAAAAUCAUCUUCUGCUUCUUCUUCAGCUGUUAGAAGACCCAAAUUAUCGAUCUCUGAUCAACAAUCUAAAAUCAACGGUGGUGAUCGCACUGUUAAAUCCUCUUUGGACUCGAUGACCGUCGAUGGCUACCUUCGCACUGAAGCCUCAGCUAUCAGUGCUGAGUCUACUCUUUUAGAUGCACAAAUUACUCUGAUCGACCCGACUCCGACAACCUCCAUUUCUGCUGCUGCGGUGGCAGUGGCUCCUGGAGAUUUGAAUUCCGGCAGCAUUGGCUCAUCUAGUGCUCCUAAGACUGUUGAUGAAGUGUGGCGGGAGAUCGUAUCUGGAGAUAGGAAGGAGUGUAAAGAGGAGGAGCAGGAUAUGGUGAUGACGCUUGAGGACUUUUUACUUGCCAAAACUGGGAUCGCUUCUGUUGAGGAUGAGGAUGUGAAGUCUCUUCCUGCUCCGAUAACAGAGAGGUUGAGUGGUGGACUAUUUGCUUUCGAUUCGAUCCCGCCUAGUCCGUUGCAGGCGUUGGACAAUGUUGAGGGUUCGAUAAUUGGUUUCGGAAAUGGUGUUGAGGUGAUCGGUGGAGGUGGUGGUGGAGGAAGAGGGAAGAGAGGGCGGAAUGUUUUGGAACCGUUGGAUAAGGCUGCGCAGCAGAGACAGAGACGAAUGAUCAAGAAUCGAGAGUCGGCUGCAAGGUCCAGAGAAAGGAAACAGGCAUACCAGGUUGAAUUGGAAACAUUAGCAGUCAAACUUGAGGAGGAGAACGAUCGGUUGCUCAAAGAGAAGGCUGAGAGAACUAAGGAAAGGUUUAAGCAGGUACUGAUUACACUUCUGAUCCAACCUCGUAGUAACUUUAUAUCCAUUGUAGAAGAAAAAUUUGUUCGUAAAUUUCUUGUUCGAUUUAAUUAUACUGAUCCUCAAGGAACAAUAAAACAAAUAAGAGUAAGAAUAAUACUGAUUCAAGGAAUAACAAAAACAAUUAAGGUUGAAAUUUAUGUCUAUGCUUUGAACAAUUUUUCAAAUGAAAUUAGUGGUGAAGCAUCCAGUUUAUUACUUUUCUAUUGUUGAAAUGGGCAAACAAUUACAAUUUAAACUAGUAUAUUCAAUGCUUUUGUGAGGUGGGUAGUUUUAGAUUUCCUCUGAUACUUGUGUGCUGUAGACUAGACAAAGUUCACUUGUCAUUAGUUAUAGCAAACUAGCUUGUGUUGAUAAUUAGGUGCUUAUUUGACAUUGAGGGACUGGAAGACAUGUGCUUGGUAUUUAUAUAUUCAUUUCGGGUUGAUAGAGGAUUAGCAGGACUAGACAAGUAUUUCUUUUGGAAGGUCAAUUGUUUCCAGCCAUGUACAUUGUUAGGUACUUGGUAGUCUUUUUAUUACUUCUUUUGUUUGGGUGAUGCGGUAUCUAAAAAAUUAGAAUACAUAAGGAAAUUUAGCAGUAUUCCGAUCAAGGUCAAAAUAUAAGGAAUAAAGAAUAAUCAACAACUGAUAUGCUGUGUUUUUCUAUUUUGCUGCAGCUAAUGGAAAAAAUCAUACCAAUAGAAGAGAAGCAAAGACCACCACGUAUUCUACGAAGAGUUCGGUCUUGGCUAUGGUAGGAAACAAGACCGAAAGAAACAGAAAAAGAAAGGAAAAAAAAA